UUUUCGACUCCGUGAAGCAUGGACGCUAUCGGAGUCUUCUAUCUGGAGGCGAUUGCGUUAAAAAUGCAAUGAGGGCUCGUACAAUUUUUAACAAUCAUUAGAAGUAACAUCCGUCGAUGUAUAGCUUUCUAAUUUUCAAAUAAAUUGUGAAAAAAAUCGAUGAUAAUAUCAAAGAGGAUGACUAACCUCCCUCGACGCGGACGUUAAUAACGCCAUGUUAGUCAUCGGCUUCUGCGCAGACUUUGAUCUGUCGAUAGUGUUGUUCACAUGUGCAACCGUGAAUGCCUUCUUCCUUGGUCGCACCGAAUGGAAAAAGGGUACGAAGGCCAGGGGGAGCGAGACAAAAGGGACGCCGCGGUGGCGGUCAUCGACGGAGGGACUUGUCGAGUUGCAGCUGCGGCUUUUUAACUCAGUUGGUCUCGCGUCGUUGCCGCGGGUGCAUCGCGUUAGGCAAGGUGUGACGAAGGCACAUGAACGCCGCUCCUCUCACUGUUUCCCCACCGGAUUAAUUCCUGCUGCCGCGGGCUUUGUUAUCGGGGCGCAUCCGGUGGGAUCCUAAGAGCCGCGGUGCGUCGCGUACGCUCGGGAGUGCGCCGCGACACGUGCAACCGUGCGGAUCGAGUGCGUCGCGUCUGUCAGCCUUGGCCACCACGUUGUACUCGGAUCAGCUCCGGAGAUGCGCCUCGUUACAUUUUAAGCUCUUAGCGUCGGCGAAAAGGAUUCUCCAGUGAGGACAAAAAAAAAAUACAUUGUCAAGUAGAGCGAUGUAAGAAUCAGUGCAUUAAAUUAUUUGAUUUCCUUUCCGCGAGGGAAGAGGCGUGUUGGAUUCUGUCAUUUUCACUGUCGGAUUUGCUGGAGCGACAUUGUAUGUGUCUGCUAUAAAAUUAUAAAUAUUAUAAAUUAUAAGUAAAUUGCUGUUUUACGUAAAUGUUCUAGUAAUUCAAGCGCUCCGUCUGGUAGAAUAAAUCUUGAUGAUCGAUUGAAGUUUUGUCGACAGAAAAAUUGAAAUCAUAAUUAAUCACGUUUUGUAUUCGUGUAUAUUCGAUUAUAUUGACAGCCAAAGCUAAUGGAGUCAUUACUUGUGUCCAAAAAAUAGUGAAAUAACGUGUUGCAAAAUGUAACAGUUUUCUUUGUCUCGGUACCUCCUUUUGUCUACCUUUAGUGUCUUUCGCAAUCUUUAGUGAAUGGCAUUAAAUCGUAAAACGAGAUAUAAAAUGUUGAGGCCUUGAGGCUAAAUUGAAAGAAGCGCAAUUUCUUGAAGAAAAGAGGAUUUAUAAAUUCAAGUAAUUCUAAAUAGCUUUACAGUUGGUUUCACAACGUCAGCGAAUAGGUUUGCCAUCGCUCGAAUCGAACUUAACUCCGGAAACACCAUUCAUAUAUACGCGGAUACAAUUUUCUCUUCCCUCCCUGAAAUAAAACGCUAUCUUUAAUACGGUUUGCAAAGUGCAUUGCAUCAUGUGGGCGUACAAUAUUGCAGGUUGUGAAAAAUAAAUCAACGGUUACGGAAUUUUCUCGCGUGUUAUAAAGUCGCGAAGUUUGAUUCGCGCGAUAUCGAAAGGGAAAACGCGCCUGACUGCUGAUAGAAUCGAUCGACGAUCGACGAUCGGCAUUUCGGGGAAAGGGACGAAAGUGCGAGGAACAUACGCACGCACGAAUCUCGUUGAAAGAUGAAGCAUGAGGGAAAUUGCUCGACGGCGGACGAUUCCAAUGGAAUUUUGUUGCAACCUAGGAAGAGCUCGGCGGUGCGGCUGCAGAUCGUGCCGGCGCAGCCGAAAACGAUCACCCAUCUGCCGAAGAGGCCGCCGGUCGAUUUGGCAUUCACCGACCUCACGUAUAAGGUCCGAGAAGGCCGCAAAAGUAAUGUGAAGACGAUUCUCAAAUCUGUCAGCGGCAGGCUGCGAUCCAGCGAAUUGACGGCUAUAAUGGGCCCUUCAGGCGCUGGAAAGUCUACGCUCCUAAACAUCCUCACCGGAUACAAAACGACAGGUGCAGAGGGCAGUGUUACAAUAAACGGUCACGAAAGAAACCUCAGUGCCUUCAGGAAACUCUCUUGCUACAUCAUGCAGGAUAAUCAGCUUCACAUGAAUCUAACGGUAGCGGAGGCUAUGAAGGUUGCAGCGAAUCUUAAACUCGGCUCGCACGUUAGCCAAGCAGAAAAAGAAGAAGUGAUUCAGGAAAUCCUUGAAACUCUCGGCUUGUCUGAACACCGCCGUACUAUGACCUCGAACCUGAGCGGAGGUCAAAAGAAAAGGUUGUCCAUCGCUCUGGAAUUAGUGAACAAUCCCCCUAUCAUGUUUUUCGAUGAGCCAACUAGUGGCUUGGACUCCUCAUCUUGUUUCCAGUGCAUCUCGUUACUGAAAACCCUGUCACGUGGCGGCAGAACAAUAAUAUGUACCAUUCACCAGCCCAGUGCGCGACUUUUCGAAAUGUUUGAUGCUCUCUACACAUUGGCUGAGGGUCAAUGCGUUUAUCAAGGUUCUACAACGCAACUUGUGCCUUUCCUUAGGACAAUUGGCCUUAAUUGUCCGAGCUAUCACAACCCGGCGUCGUUUAUCAUUGAAGUAUCGUGUGGCGAGUACGGCGAUAAUAUCAAAAAUUUAAUCAAUGCGAUUAACAACGGCAAAUAUGAUAUACGCGAAGGACACUCGUUCCCCGAGAUGAAAGAAGGAAUGAACAAUUGCACUGCCGCGACAGGUAUUUUGAAGAAUGGUGAUAAUUUGGACAAAGUGAAGAUCAAAGACAAGAACGACGUCAGUAAUCUAGAAGAAAAGUUUUCUGAAGAGAAAACUAACGAGAUUAGUAAUGGAAAAUUUAUUUCCGGUUAUGCUACAAACGACAUUGCUAAACAAGCAUUAGAUGUGGCAAUAUCUAUGGAUCCAGACAAAAAGGACAAUGCCAACGUAGCUUUGCUGGACGAAUCCAUCGUAGUAACGCCGGAGAGAUAUGCCACGUCCGAAUUUAAGCAAUUCUACAUCAUACUGAAGCGCGCUUUACUCUUCAGUCGUAGAGAUUGGACUCUCAUGUAUCUCCGACUUUUCGCUCACAUUCUGGUGGCGGCGCUAAUCAGCGCAUUGUAUUACGAUAUCGGAAACGACGGUGCUAAAGUACUUAGCAAUCUGGGAUUCCUGUUCUUCAACAUGCUGUUCCUUAUGUACACUUCCAUGACAAUUACGAUUUUAUCCUUUCCGCUAGAACUGCCUGUGCUUUUAAAAGAGAAUUUCAACAGAUGGUAUUCUCUCAAAGCUUAUUAUUUAGCGAUUACGAUUUCGGAUAUACCAUUUCAGACCAUAUUUUGUGUAAUGUACGUCGCCAUCGUAUACUUUACGACGAGCCAGCCACCGGACGUAACGCGGUUCUUCAUGUUCAUGAGUACUUGCCUCCUGAUUUCUUUCGUCGCACAAUCAGUGGGUCUCGUGGUCGGCGCGGCUAUGAACGUGCAGAAUGGCGUGUUCCUGGCACCAGUUAUGUCGGUGCCUUUUCUUCUCUUCUCAGGAUUCUUCGUCAGCUUCGAUGCGAUUCCAGUUUACUUACGAUGGAUUACGUACCUCAGUUACAUCAGAUACGGUUUCGAGGGAACCGCUUUGAUAAUUUACGGUUACGCCCGGGAAAAACUUAAGUGUUUCCAGGUGUAUUGCCACUUCAAGAAUCCGGACACGAUCCUGGAGGAACUGGACAUGCUCGAUGCUGACUUUACUUUGGAUAUUCUCGCACUCCUGCUUAUCUUCAUCACGCUACGAAUCGCCGCGUAUCUCUUCCUGCGCUGGAAGAUCAAGACCGCCCGAUAAACUGUCGGAACGUGUGAAUUUUGUAAAAUCAGAUGUAAUUACGAGUGGACGGAUAGUUAGCGCAAGUGUUAUCUUCUACCGCGUAGAAUUGUGCAGACAACAAUGGACAUCGAUAUUUUUUGUAAUCGGUAAUCUCGUAAUGAUAUUUUAAAAUGGCGAAUACGAAGUCCCAAUUCUGACGACCCAACAACAGUUAAGACACAAGAAACAAAUGAUGGAUUUCCGCGGUAUUUCUUGAUGAAAAUUCUUUCAAGACGAUAACUAUUUGCCGUCGAAGAGACUGGUACGUCUUGAAGGUACCACAAAGUAUGACUUACUUUCUUUCGUGUUUUAGGGUUGCUGAGUUUAGUUAAUGUAUAGGACCAAUACUAAUAUAACUUAUUUAUAUAGUUUUUUAGUUUAAUAACGACGGCUAGUAGUUACGAUUGUAACAUAUUUGUCCAGGGUACUAUUCUAUAGUAUGUAAACGUACACGAAUGUAUAUAUAUAUAUAUAUCCAAAAUAUGUAUCUACUCUUUUUUUACGGUAUCAAUACAUUUUUAUUAGAAUGCACAUACAUCAAUCUUAAAUUUAUCGUGGAGUAUAUUUAAGCGUUUAUCAGUACGGCGCAACCGCGCAAUGACUUCGAGCCAUUACGAAUUAUUUCGAAUAUAUGACGAAAAUUUGGAAUCGUUUUGAAUAUUAUUAAAAAAAAUAUUUAAAUCUUGAACGUUUUAAAAUCUUUUUCUUACAUUUUAGUAUUAUAUAUUAUAUAGUACCUCAAUGUAUUAUCUGUUUCGUAAACAGAAAAAAACAGUUCUCUAUUUUAAAAAAUUUUAAAUAUUAAAUAAUCAAACAAAAGAUGCUCAAGAGAUUCAAGAGUUUUAAAACUUUCAACAUUAUUCAGGACUUUGAAAAAUCUUCUGGUUUUUAAUAGUAUUCAAAGCAAUUAGAACUGUUUAUACACUUGUAGCGUUUAAAAAUUAAAAAAUAAUUCGAAUGCUUAUGCACUAAAUUGUACGGCUUGAAGGGAAGGCAAAGAGAAUGGAUUAAUUUGCGUGUGAUCUUCAGGAAGGACUUACAAUUAUCCUCAUGUCUAUUUUUCGUGAACGAGGCCUUAAUUGACGUAUUUCACCAAUGACCACUCGAUUCUAUAUUUAAUGGCUGUGAGCUUCAUGAUAAAAAAGGAGAAAAUCAAAUGUGAAUGCUUGUGUUCCUAAAAUUAGAUUCGGACGAAACGACGAAUGUCCGAGAUGAUUCAUAAGCGCACAAAUUUAUUACGUAUCUUGCCAGAUUAAUUUUAUACGUUGAAGAUCAGAUGUUUUUGACGCUUUACAGAGAAGGGUGGUUCUGAGAGAAUAUGUCAAAGCAAACUUUACCCUUGUAAAAGGCUUAUAAAUAUUUGCAGCCAUAUUUCAUGUUGUCAAAGAUAACAGUGAACAAAUGUACGUAAAAAUAUUCUUUUGACGAUUUAUCGCAAAUAAAGACAAACAAAUUCCUUCUAUAUUAGUAUCAAUUCUAUAUUAGUAUCAAUUAAGGAGCUAAAACAAACAUUGAGUGUUUACAAAUCUUCGAGAACAAAUAAUUAAAUUAUGAGGUUUAUUUUUGCAAAUUGUUAUCUUUCAAACGUAGAAAAGAUUAUUUUUCUAAACUAAUGAAUGCAAACCUUUGAUCUUUCUAGUGUUAAGUGGCAGAAAGAAUAAAACUUCUAAAGAGACGGGUGAGUGAUUUAUGAUAAUUGUACGUAAUUGUAAAAUAGUAUAUAAAAUUCUUAUUUGUAUAUUCCCGUAACUUAUUAAGGUUAAGAAUUUGAAUCGGCGAUUUAAUUACAAAUACGAUUAUGGCGCUCAAAUGGAUAAAAUAGUUUUUACGAUUUGAUAUGCGUAUUUUACCUAAAUGAAACAAACAAUAAUCAGUUUAUAUAACACAAUUUAAUUGCUAAUAUGAAAAUACUUUUAUAAAACAAGCUGCGAGAGAUGUACCUAAUUAUGCCAGUUUGGCAUGAUCGUUACUAAAGUUAAGGAUGUAUGUAUAAUACGAAUAAAAUAUGUUUUUCGUAA